AAAUUACAAUUAUAUUUUCUUCCUCAUUUUGCCCAUCACACUCUCUCCGGAGUGAUGUCGCCAUCUCUUCCACUUCACUUCCUCUUUACUGUCGCAGCAUUUCUCACAUCUCCAGUCUCCUCCCAUUUCUCUUCUACAUCCUCCUCGCCCUCCCCGGAUUCCACCCCUUCUCUCUCAGACUGGAGAUCUGCUCGUGCCACCUACUACGCCGCCUCCGACCCUCGCGAUGCGGUCGGCGGAGCCUGUGGUUAUGGCGAUUUAGUGAAGGCAGGCUAUGGCAUGGCCACUGUUGGUCUCAGCGAGUCGUUGUUUGAACGCGGACAGAUCUGCGGUGCCUGCUUUCAGCUUCGGUGUGUGGAGGACCUCCGGUGGUGUAUUCCUGGAACCUCUAUCAUUGUCACUGUUACUAAUUUCUGUGCGCCUAAUUAUGGCUUCACGGCUGAGGGUGGAGGCCAUUGUAACCCUCCUAAUAAGCAUUUUGUUCUCCCUAUUGAGGCGUUUGAGAAGAUCGCUAUCUGGAAGGCGGGAAACAUGCCUGUUCAGUAUCGGAGGAUCAAAUGCCGAAAGGAAGGGGGUAUUCGAUAUACCGUUUCUGGGUAUGGCAUUUAUCUCUCAGUGUUGAUAAGUAACGUUGCUGGGGCUGGAGAUGUUAGUGCUGUAAAGAUCAAGGGCACAAGAACUGGUUGGCUUCCGAUGGGUCGUAACUGGGGGCAAAACUGGCACAUUAAUGCUGAUUUGAACCAUCAAGCCCUUUCGUUCGAAGUCACUAGCAGUGAUGGAGUAACAAUUUCAUCCUACAAUGUUGCUCCAAAGGAUUGGAACUUUGGGCAGACUUUUGAAGGCAAACAGUUUGAAUCUUGAAAUUUUCCACUCUUGUAAUUUUUGUCUGUAAAAGUUUUAAAUUAGUUUCUAUUUUCUCUCUCCAUUAGGCAUUUACCAAAGGGUUAUUCUUCUUCUUUAUUUUGGUGCUUAAUUUAUCCCCUUUUUUCUUAGCCGAAGGGUAAUAGGCUUUGAGUUUCAUACCUUCAUCAAGUGUACAAGAACAGGUGCUCAACUCGAGAGGUUUUGGAUGGUAUUUGUGAAGGAUAAGCGUACGGAAAUCCGAUCUAAACUAUAUUGUUAAAGGGCUUCUUU